AUGUACUUCAACGAAGAUGGCACUGCUCCGCGGUACAACAGAUUUGGGUACUACUCCCUGGCACAGGCCGGUGCCCUGGUUGGCGCAGCUUCGAAGGUAAACUCUGCGCAAAAUGUGUUCGAGGCCGUUGACAUUCUUUUCAGCUUCUAUGAGUCACUCUCCAAUGACAGCAUUGAUCCUACUGUGGAGUCGUGGGUUUCCAUGUUCAUGGGCUUAGAUUCGAAGUACCCCGAUCAGCAGAUUCGGUCCUUGACUCAGUGCUUUGGUUGCUUUGCCAUGCUCGUGGCCUUGGAGAUGGGUGCCUCCGUUGCGGGCAAGGUACUGCUUGCAAAGCCAGCGAUGAUGCCAGCGUUGGCCAAGAUGGGCAAAAUCCUUGGCCCCAGGAAAUUGAUGCCUUCACCGAAGUCUGGAACCCUCGUGACAGAUGUCGAAGCAGCCAUUAAAGACUGGACGGAGGGAGGCAUGGUGGAGAUCAGAAACAAUGAAGAAAUGUAUGUUGGGGCAGAAUUUGGGAAAAUCUCGCAAGGGAAGGAAAAGUGCUUGGAGAAUCUGCGGAGCCUCCUCCAGCAGAUGGUCGACAACGCCCCGGCAGGUGCGAAGAAACGAGAGGAGUAUUGGAAAAGAAUGUGGGUCAAAGGCGAGGACUCGCCUCCAAUCAGGAGCGUGGUUCUUCCGUCACAAGCUCGCUGCACUAAUCCAUGCGAGCAAUCUGGUCUUUCACAUGAGGUCAACUAG